AUGCGCGAGUAUUUGCUCUAUUCGCAAAUUCCACGCGCUCGUGAGAUUCAGGUUCUCAGCAUAUUGGCAGGCGUGACAGGCUCGCAGCCAGUCCCAGCAUGGCAGCAAGUGGCCAUCUAUGGGCAGACGAAGGCACCUGACGCCGCUGUCUCGAAGAAGAUACAGGCAAAGCAGCAAGCUCCAAAGCAAGCUCCUCAACUCAACUACCACAAGCUCAUCAGAGACAUUCAUUUCCGUGAAUCUGGCGAGGCUGAGGCUGGGCCAUGGACUUUCCGCGCAGAAGCCCUUCCGGACCCUGGAUUGACAGACUACAUUGCCCGGAAUUACGACGAGCACUCGGCCACAGAAGAUGAACUCCAGCGUCUGAGGCAGCCUGACUUGUAUCAGUUCAGACGUCAAUUCAUUACAGAAGCCAACCGCUUUGUUCACAACAAUGUUGUCACUCGCUUGUAUCGAAUGCGACAAGCCCCAGACUCCCAAGGUAAGAGCUCUCAGGUGUUCAGGAUGCACGGCGCUGAUCUUUCAGAUCCAAUCUCAUCGACAGUGCUGUUCCCGAAGGACCAAAAGCUUAUCGACCCAAGCGGCAGCUGGAUCAUCGAGACCUCCAUCCGGGUUGAGGACGGCAACAAUUCCAACCUCACGGACAAGGCCAAACAGGAGCUGCUGGCUUUUAAAGAGACCAUGGACGGCGCACUGGAUCUGAUUGCUCCUGACCGGCUCGCGCUCGACUCUAGAGUGAAGAACAUCUGA